AUGAUGCGAUAUUGGGGGGAGAUCCCGGUGGCCUCGGGUCAGGCCAGCAGAAGCUCCUUCGACCUCUUACAGAGGGAAUUUCGCACGGUGGAGAUGCAGGAGCCGCCAUUACACCAGCCGUCCGCCAACAGGCCGAGACCGACCACCAUGCUUGAUAUCCCCUCGGAGCCGUGCAGCCUCACCAUCCACACCAUCCAGCUGAUCCAACACAACCGCAAACUGCGCAGCCUGAUCGCCUCCACUCAGGGGCAGAACCUGCAGCCGGUGGAAGGCAUCAAAGUGGAGGAGAGCGAAGCCCUUCCGCACCGACCGCCUUCUCCGCCCCUUCCUGACGAUCUGCUGCCGCAGGACUGCAAACUACCCAAGCUGCCGUUCCAGCUGAGGCACAGCGAUCCCGAGAGUGACUUCUACCGCGGGAAAGGAGAACCCGUGACGGAGCUCAGCUAUCACUCCUGCCGCCAGCUCAUGUACCAAUCCGUGGCCACCAUCCUGGCCCACGCCGGAUUUGACACCGCCAAUGAGAGCGUCCUGGAGACCCUGACAGACAUCGCUCACGAGUACUGCCUGAAAUUCACCAAGAUGCUGAGGUACAACAUGGACCGCGAGGCCAGGCUAGGCCACACCCCUUUCCCGGACGUCAUGGAGCAAGUCUUCCACGAGAUGGGGAUCGGCAGCGUCCUGUCACUGCAGAGAUUCUGGCAGCACCGCAUUCGGGAUUACCACACAUACAUGUUACAGGUCAGUAAGCAGCUGUCUGAGGAAUACGAGAAGCUGGUCCAUCCUGAGCGCGUAUCUGAGGACACCAAACCCGUGAAGAUCAAAGAGGAACCCGUCACAGACAUCACAUUCCCCAUCAACGAGGAGCUGGAAGGAGACCUGGCCCCCGGGGAUCAGUCUCUUCCUGUAGGGGUCCUGGGGGCCCAGAGUGACCGCUUCUCUUCUAAUAUGGACGUCGAUUCGUCUCCCCAGCCGUCGGGAUCAGACGUCAACACCUCGCCUGUGGAGCCUGACGCAGGUGAAGAUGGAGCCUCAGGACACGGAGGAGUCGGCAGUACACGGGCACAGCGUUCUGGGUAAUGACGUGUUUGAAGAGCCCAUGUCUGGGAUCAGCGACUCGGCCAUUCCAGCCAGUCCGAACGGAUCCGAAGGCAGCUAUGCCUCUCACUCCCCCGACAGCCUAAUGGGGUCCUCUCCGGUCUUCAACCAACGCCCCAAGAAGAAGAUGAAGAAAAUGUAA